ACCAAUUCCGUUGAAAGGCCUCUGCGUCGAGAAUGAAAUUUUAGCGCCUCGGCACAUCAAGCACUUCUUUCCCCUCCCGCCCUUCCGACUUGACCGACAAAAACUCCCCUCCGGACGGCCACGCCAGGCCCCAAUCUCGGUCACCACACGGCUCGCACGCCGCAGCCACCGCCAUGGCCGGCGGACGCAAAUCGCGGGCCGCCGCCGCCGCCGCGCCGCCGCGGCAGACGCUGGUGCUGGACAACGGCGCCUACACCCUCAAGGCCGGGCUCGUGGCCCGCAGCGACGACGACAACGACGGCGACGACAGCGGCGCGACCAAGAAAACCCCCGAGGAGCCGCGCGUAAUACCCAACUGCAUCGCGCGCGACCGGCACCGGCGGACGUAUGUGGGGUCUGAGCUGUCGCGGUGCCGCGACUUUGGCGAGAUGGCGUUCCGGCGCCCCGUCGAGCGCGGCUACGUCGUCAACUGGGAGACGCAGCGCGAGAUCUGGGACCGCGAGCUGCUGGACCCCAAGACGAGCCCGCGCCCCUGCGACCCGGCCGAGGCGCGGCUCGUGCUGGCCGAGCAGCCGGGCGCGCUGCCGGCGCUGCAGGCCAACUGCGACCAGAUGGUGUUUGAGGAGUUUGGCUUUGCGAGCUACUACCGGGGAAUAGGCCCCGCCUUCAACGCAUACCACGACAUCCAGAGCAUCUUCCGCACGCCCCGCGAGGCCAACGCCGUCGCCCGCCUGCCCGCCGAGGCCAUCCUCCUCGUCGACGCGGGCCAUUCGUGCACGACCGUGACGCCGCUCCUGCGCGGCCGCCCGCUGCACCCGGCCGUGCGGCGCCUCAACGUGGGCGGCAAGUUCAUGACCAACUACCUCACGCGCCUGCUGUCGCUGCGCCACUACGACAUGCGCGCCGACCCCCACAUCGUCAACGAGCUCAAGGAGAAGGCCUGCUACGUCUCGCUCGACUUUAGGGCUGACCUCGAGCGCUGCUGGAAGGGCACGCGGGGCGAGGUCCGCGACGACUACCUCACCGGCGGCGGCGUCGCCAGGGACUACGUCCUGCCAGACUUUGACGCCCGCUUCGAGGGCGUCGUGCGCGAGUACGACCCGCUCCGCGCCGCGCGGUCCGCCAAGAAGGCAGCCCGCGGUGGCGGAGCCGACCCCUCAGCAGCAACAGUAGCAGCAGCGGCGGCGGCGGCGGCGGACGAGGACGUGCUGACGCUGCGCAACGAGCGCUUCUCCGUACCCGAACUCCUCUUCAACCCCUCGGACGCGGGCGGCUCCUCCUCCCGCCGCCCGCCGCGGCCGGGCGUGGCGGACCUGGUGAUGCAGUCGCUCGCCGCGGUGCCCACGGGCCUGUGGCCGGCCCUGCUGGCCAACGUGGUGGUGGUGGGCGGCAGCGCCCUGCUCGACGGCUUCGUGCAGCGCCUGCAGCAGGAGGUGGUGCAGCGCGUGCCCGACGAGUGCAUAGUCCGCGUCGCCAGGCCCGCCGACCCCGUCGCCAGCACCUGGCACGGCGCCGCCGCCUUCGCGGCCCACCCGCACGCCGACCGCCUCGCCGUCACGAGGCAGGAGUACGAGGAGCACGGGGCGCUGUGGGUCGCGAGGCGGUUCGCGGCUGGGCUGGGGCUUGACGACUGACUGACUGACUGAUGAGGUCCCUUUUUUUACUGUACUCUUUUGACUACAUGUUUUGCAAAUACCCCCCGAAGAGCGUUUUGUUUUGUCUACGACCCGUCUUCUCGUGCAAGUACCUGCACGAAUUCUACGCCGGCCCUUACUCGCACAACCUCCCCAGAUCGGUCCGAGACAAGGCAUAUGCAAGCUGGGUACAACUAUAGCACGUGAACAUUGCGAGCUAGCAAGUCGGCAACCAACUGCCGUGCAAGCCCCUCGCCCGUGACAGCACAGCCGCGAAAGCGACCUAGAUUCCUAAGAAUUCCGACGAGACCUAGGCAAAGUUCCGAGGCUAAUAAAAAUAGAGGGGAGCACGUUCGUUUCAUAGUGGGGCUGCUUGCUUUCGUCCGAGAGUGGGGAAGGGUCCAAAAGGCGGGAAAACGCAAGGAAACCGGUUCAAAAAGGAAAAGCAACCAGCAAAAUAAGAAAAAUCCUCCGUUGCAACCAUCGCCAGAACCCGCAAGCCACCAUAACAUGUCUGCCGGGACCCUUUCCUUGGGACCUCUGUUCCUGAGGUCUACUUCCGACUUUCAAAUCCGUCAAUAAAGGUCGCGCGUUCUCCGGCUACCCCUGGAGCACCCUGCGGUUUUCGUCAUUGCACCUGAUCAGUCAUCGUGCUCAAUAUUCAUUGGGGGGCAUCUCGAGCGAUUUCUCACUCCGCCACCCUGCCUGCGCGGGGGAACAGUGAGGCCCUGGAGUCUUACAGUCACACUGUCGAUACCAAAACACGCAACUCGUCAGCACUGCACAUCUGUCGAGAGGCCACCAAGGGAGAGAGAGACAUACGUGUUUCGGGCCCGAGCCUUCGUUGUGGAUGAUGCAGUAUCCGCCGCAGCAGCUCUUGCACACCAGCUGCGUCUUGGAGAUGCACUCGUGGCACUGCCGUUUUGUCGCAGUCCCGGAGGUCAGCAAAGAGACUGCGGUGUGAAACCUAACUCGGGGAGUGUAUCUCUCACGUUGUCGCCGCAUUCCCAGCAGCUCUUGGUCACUCCGCGCUAUAACGGUGAAUGGCAAGUUUGUCAGUCAUCGAGUCCCCUGUUACGCUGCCGGAUGGCAAGGCAGAGCUUAUGGCCAGACGAAUAGGGUGGUGCGGACGAGACGAUGCAAGCAACGAGACGACACCCAGGUCACAAAGGGGGGCAGAUACAAACGUUGCCAUACAAUUUCUCCACGAAGACCCCCUCCAACAAGGCGUGAGUGCAUUUUAUUUCCUUCGUUUCUCAUCUCGCUCAUCCAUGUUGUGGGCGGGGAAAAGAGGAGGGAUUGGAGGUGAUAGGAAGAAUACCGUCCGCAGGCGCUGGGCGGUGAGGUUGCUAGGAGGCCGCAUUCUCUUCUCGUCUCGGCUCCCUAGUCUGCAUUUCACACGCAGACGGAGGGCAUCCAAGAGAGAGAGAAAAAUCAGGGCCGGUGCGGAGGAGACCAGAAGCGACGCUGUCAGGGGUUGGCGAUCCACGCCUAGCCGACGCCGGGCCUCGCCCUCUCGCGGCCCCAGUCGUCCUCGCCCGAGAGCCACAGCAGGCCGGGCUCGAAGAUGCGCUCCUAGCAGUCACCGCACAGGCCGUCGAUCCGUCGUACCUUGUCAUCCGCGCCGCCGCCGCCGCCGCCGCCGGGGCCGGCGUAGCACGACUCGCACCACCACUUGUUGCAGCUCCAGCAGCACCUGCCCUUCAGGCACUCGAAGCACCGCGCCACGAAUCUCGGCGGGCCGUAGUGGUCCCCGCGCUCCUUGUCGCCGUUUGCCGUCUCGCUGUUGCUGCUGCCUCUCCAUUCGCCCACCAGCUCGCGGGCCUCGAGCGACGCGCGCGACGGGCGGCACGCCGCCUUGACGCUGCUCGAGUGCAGCGGCGCCGGCGCCAACAGCGGGUAGUCGUGCGGAGUGUCAUUGCGGCCCCAGACCGUCACGCCCUCGGGCGCGCCCCCGCACCCUGCGCACUCGCCCACGGCGUAUGUGGCGACCGCCCACUGUGACUGCUGCGGCUCGCCGGUGCCCGCCGCCGCCGCCGCCGUCUCGGACGAGACGGGCACCUUGCCGAACGCGCGCGAGUUGGGGUGCCGUGGCCCCGCGCACAGCACGGCGUCGAAGGCGAUGAUGCCCUGGCAGGCCAGCAGCGUGUGCGCCCACUCGCGGCUGAUGCCGCGGCUGAGCAUCUUGCCGCGCCUGUCGUACCACGCGUCGCCCGAGUCCCACUCCAUCGGCGACGGCGCCGUCCUGUGCGGGGAAGAGGCGUUGAUGGUCUGCUGCAGGGAGCUGACGGGCGCGGACCCCGCCGACGUGGAGCUCGACGACCCGCUGCCCAGCCCAAUGCUUGCCCGCGACGACGAAGAGGACGACUCGGCGUCGCGUCGGGUGAACAGAUAUACGGCUUUGAGGUGCGGCGUGCCUUCGGGCCUGCUAGGCCGGCAGGCUGUCGUAAGCGCCUGCUGCAGCUUGCGCUCGUUCAGAUUCUUGACAUCGCGCAGUGAGAGGACACGGAUGCGGAACGACGGCCCCGUGAGCAUGUCGUGCACCAGCUCGGCCGUCACCGACAGGCCAUCGAGGAUCAAAGUAUGCACCGACGAGAGCAGGUUGCUGCGACAAAGGUUUGAAAAAAUGCCGCGGAGGGGUCCCGAGUAGAACCUGCAGCGCACGGAGUCUGGCGUCAGUCACUGGUCUGCUGCUCUCCAUUGGGGAUGCCGACUGUAAGAGGGGUUCCCGCUCACUCAUCCUCGGUCAGGUGCUCAUCCAGCUGCGUGUUGUGCCAUAGCUCGCCGCCCGUGUCGAUGGGGUCGAUGUCGAACUGGGCCGUCUUGACCUGGGUCAGGUCUAGGUGGCGGAAAGCAACGGGACUGCCGUAGAUCAGGUCCCGGAAUGCGCGCGAGGUGGCGGCAAGGCUGAGGACGGCCGAGGGCGGGAGGUGGGGCAGCGUCUGGGACAAGACCAAGUGGUUCGAGAGCAGACAGCCAAGGGUUCUCGUGACGGCAGCUGCCUCGGGCUCCGCUAUCGUCGUACUCGUAGUCGUCGUCUUCGUAUAAACGUCGUCCAACAGUGCAACAGGUGGCGCGACCUCCUGGGCCAUUGUACGCCUCCUUGCUUACAAGGGCCGGUUAGAGCUAGGUAGGUAGGGCUCUGCUGUGAGAGGCCAAAGGUAAGGCGACAGAUAGAUAUUAGGUACCAAAAAAGUAUCUUGGUACGAUCGACUCUGAUUUCGGAUUACAGCGCGCGGCGCAAAGAAGCAA